AUGCCUCACCUCGUCUCCAGCUUCCUGCGGUCCUCGUCCGGCAACAUUACGCACAUUAAAAACGCCGCCCGCUCCCGCACCGCUUCCCGCAACGCCUCGUGCGAGUCCUCCAGGAACAACUCCGUCUCCGGCAGCCCCUACGAGUCCGACGCCGACGAGCACGCCGUCAAGCCUCACGAUCUGAUUGAGGCCGUCAAGAAGCACCACAAGCUCUCGCUUCCCUUUGGCCGCUCCUCCACCUCGCCCGUGCGCGAGCUGAAUCCCGCGUCCUGCAGCGUCGCCGCCGUCGACUGGAGCAUUGAGAGCCCGCCCAUCAUCUUCCACGGAACCCGCGAGGACAGCACCGGCGCCAUUGUCUCUGGCCAGAUCUUCCUCGACAUCAAGGACGACGUCGUCGAGAUGGACAGCUUCAAGGCCAACCUCAGCAUCCACACCACGUACAAGCGCCCGUGCCAGAGCCACUGCGCCGACUGCCAGAACAAAAUCACCGAGGUGCAGGCGUGGGUCUUUCUCGACCACGCCACCAAGCUGCACCGCGGCAAGCAUGCGUUUCCAUUUUCCGCGCUGCUCAACGGCGAGCUACCCGCGAGCACAAACACCCCUCUCGUCUCCAUCGCCUACGAGUUCAAGGCCGUGGCGCAGGUGUCGCGCCACGCCACCGGCACCACCAUGCCCAUCCAGCUCAAGUUUGACCGCACGCUGCUCGUCAAGCGCUCCGUCCCCGAGCCGCUCUUCCCGCACCACUCGGUCCGCGUCUUCCCGCCCACCAACAUCAAGGCCAGCGCCGACUACAUCUCGGUCGUGCACCCGACCAGCACCAACAAGCUGACGCUCAAGCUCGACGGGCUCAUGACGCACAACGAGAAGGUCAAGACGGUCGAUCUGUGGAAGCUGAAGAAGGUGACGUGGAAGCUCGAGGAGACGAUCAAGACGGUCGCCCCGGCCUGCGAGAGGCACGCGCCCACCGCCAGCACUGUCGGCGACGUCAAGGGCACCGCCCGCAACGAGGUGCGCGUCAUUGGCGAGAAGCAGCUGCACGAGGGCUGGAAGUCGGACUACACGGGCCACGACGGCUCCGUCGACAUGGAGCUCGACUACAGCGUCAGCCAGGCGCGCAACCACGCCGGCGAGCUCAAGUACGCGUGCGACACCAAGACGGCCGACGGCACCGAGGUCUCGCACUCGCUGCUGCUCGAGCUCAUCGUCUCCAAGGAGUACGCGCCCGAGGGCAAGGCUCACCAGGCCACACCCACCGGCACCGGCCGCAUCCUGCGCAUGCACUUUGGCGUCGUCCUCACGGAGCACUCGGGCCUCGGCGUCAGCUGGGACAACGAGUCGCCGCCCAUCUACGAGGACGUGCCCCCCAGCCCGCCCGCCUACCCGCUCGAGUCGCCCGUCGACUACCAGGACCUCGAACCUCUCUACGCGCGCCCUUCGAGCAUUGACGCCUCGGCGUCUGAUGAGGAGGAGCCGACAUCAUCAUAG